AAAGAAAGAAAGAAAGAAAGAAAAGGAAACCCUCCCCUAAACCCUUUCAGCCUCCGCUUACUCUCUCACUUCCUCGCCUCCACCUUCUCUUCUUCUUCACGCCCUCUCCUCCUCCUUUUCGGCAGCUCAGUGUCGUCGGCCCCGGAGUCGCUUCUCUCUGGUUGAUUGCGGCCGUCGCGCCUUUCUUCUUGUGUUGUUGUGCAGAUGGCACCGCCUUCAAGAAAAUCACAGGAUGGCUCAAAGUUCAAUAAGCAUUCCAAGAAGCCAUUUAAGUCGAAGAAGAAAACAAGUGAAAUAGCUCAAGCCGAAACUAUAUCGCUGCAGAUUGAAGAUGAUGUUCCUGACUUUCCUAGAGGUGGAGGAGGUUAUUUAAGCCAAAAAAAGGGGGAUAAAGUACGUGCCCAAGGAGAUAAGGAGUUUCAGAAUGAUAAUCUGAAGACGACAACAAAAAGAGGAAAGAUGAGAAGAAAACAUCCGUCAAAUGGGGAUGAUUUGGAAUCCUUGUUGAACAAUGGUGUGGUGGGAAACCUUCCUAAAUAUGCAAAUAAGAUAACUUUGAAGAAUAUAAAUCCAAGAAUGAAAUUUUGGGGAGUUGUUGCCGAAGUUAAUAAGAAGGAUCUUGUUAUUAGUCUACCGAGGGGCUUACGUGGAUUAGUGUCUGCUGCUGAUGCCUUUGAUCCAAUUUUGGAAAAAGAAAUCGAGGAUCCAGAGCAUAAUUUACUUCCUGUCAUGUUCCAUGUUGGGCAACUGGUUCCAUGUGUUGUGCUGCAAGUGGAUGAUGACAAGAAAGAAUCAGGGAAGAGAAAGAUCUGGCUUUCAUUACGUUUAUCUAUAUUGUACAAAGACUUCACAUUGGACCUUCUUCAAGAAGGAAUGGUUCUAACAUCAUAUGUGAAAAGCAUUGAAGAUCAUGGCUACAUUCUUCAUUUUGGUUUGACUUCUUUCACUGGGUUUUUGCCAAAGACCAAACAAUCUGAUCAACCUGGGAAUGAAGUGCAAGUUGGGCAACUUCUUCAAUGUGUUGUUAGAAGCAUUGACAAAACUCGUAAAGUGGUUUAUUUUAGCUCUGAUCAAGAUAUUGUGUCCAGCAGUGUGGCGAAGGAUCUAAAAGGUAUUUCAAUCGACCUUCUCAUCCCUGGCAUGAUGGUUAGUGCACGAGUACAAUCAACCCUUGAAAAUGGGAUCUUGCUGUCCUUUCUCACUUAUUUUAAUGGAACUGUUGAUAUGUUUCACUUGCAAAAUAGUUUUCAUUCUUCAAAUUGGAAAGAUUAUUACAACCAAAACAUGAAGGUGAAUGCUCGGAUAUUAUUUAUUGAUCCUUCAACUAGAGCUGUGGGGUUGACAUUGAUUCCACAUCUCAUUCAUAACAAGGCUGCACCUCCACAUGUGAGAAUUGGUGAUAUAUAUGAUUCUGCAAAAGUUGUUAGGGUUGAUAGAGGUUCCGGCCUGCUUCUUGAAGUAACAUCUUCUCCGGAAUCAACUCCAACAUUCGUUAGUGUAUCUGAUAUGGCUGAAGAGGUCGUGAAAAAGAUUGGAAAGAAGUUUAAAGAGGGGAGUCAUGUUCGUGUUCGUAUUCUUGGCUUUAGACAUUUGGAGGGACUUGCAAUUGGGACUUUGAAGGCCAGUGCCUUUGAAGGUCCAGUGUUUUCCUACUCAGAUGUGAAGCCUGGGACGUUGAUACGUGCUAAAGUCAUAGUUGUCGAUGAUUUUGGUGCUAUUGUGCAAUUUCCUGGCGGUCUUAAAGCUCUGUGUCCUCUUAGUCACAUGUCUGAGUUUGAAAUUGCUAAACCUCGGAAAAAAUUCAAGGUUGGGGCUGAAUUGAUUUUCCGUGUGCUUGGUUGCAAGUCCAAGAGAAUAACUGUUACACACAAGAAGACGCUCGUAAAAUCAAAAUUGGAGGUUCUUAGUUCAUAUGCUGAUGCUACUGCAGGAUUAGUGGCCCAUGGCUGGAUAACGAAGAUUGAAAAACAUGGUUGCUUUGUCAGGUUUUACAAUGGGGUUCAAGGUUUUGCUCCUAGAUUUGAGCUUGGAAUAGAACCUGGUUCUGAUCCAAGUUCAACAUAUCAUAUCGGUCAAGUCAUCAAAUGUAGAAUAACAAGUUCUACUCCCUCCUCCAAGCGAAUAAGCCUUAGUUUUGUAAUGAAGCCUGCGAGGGUAUCUGAGGACACAAAGGUUGAGUUGGGUCAUAUUGUAACGGGUGUGGUUGAUGAAAUAACUGAGACCCAUGUAACAUUGUAUGUUAAUAGAUCCGGUUACUCAAGGGGAAGAAUAUCCAUGGAACAUCUGUCAGAUCAUCAGGCACAUGCCUCUUCGAUGAAGUCCGUGUUGAAGCCUGGAUAUCAAUUUGAUCAACUCCUUGUACUGGAUAUUGAAGGCCAAAAUUUAAUCCUCUCUGCAAAACAAUCUCUAAUCAAUUUGGCUCAUGUGCUUCCAUCUGACCCGAGUCAAGUAAAGCAAUAUUCUGUUAUCCAUGGAUUCAUUUCUAACAUAAUAGAAAGAGGUUGUUUUGUUCGCUUUCUAGGACGUUUAACUGGCUUUUCUCCACGAAAUAAGGCUAUGGAAGACCGGAAAUUGGAUUUACAGGAAGCUUUUUACAUUGGGCAAUCUGUUCGGAGUAGUGUAGUUGAUGUUAGUGGUGAAACGGGUAGAAUCACACUUUCUUUGAAGCAGUCAACUUGCUUUUCAACCGACGCCUCUUUUAUACAGGAAUUCUUUUUGACGGAAGAGAAGAUUGCAAAGCUCCAAUCAUUGGAUGAAUCAAACUGGGCAGAAGAAUUUUCAAUUGGUAGUGUGGUUGAGGGAGAAGUUCAAGAGGUCAAGGAUAUUGGAGUUACUAUCAGCUUUGAGAAGUACCAUGAUGUUUUUGGUUUUAUUGCACUCCAUGGAUUGAGUGGGUCCAUAGUGGAAACAGGUUCUACUAUUCAGGCUGCUGUUCUUGAUGUCUCUAAAACUGAACGGCUUGUUGAUUUAUCCUUAAAACCUGAAAUAGUUGAUAACUGGAUGGCAAACAAUUCUAGCCGGCAAACUAGUAGGAAGAAACGAAAGGCAGAAGCAUUGAAGGACUUAGAGAUGAAUCAGACUGUGCAUGCUGUAGUGGAAGCUGUGAAGGAGAACUAUCUGGUCCUUUCAUUGCCAGAGUUUGGUUAUGCUAUCGGUUAUGCAUCAACAUAUGAUUACAAUACCCAAAGGCUUCAUCAGAAGCAAUUUACAAUCGGACAAAGCGUUGUUGCCUCAGUUGUGGCUCUUCCAUGUCCGUCAACAUUUGGGAGGCUGCUACUGCUUCUAAAGUCAAUAAGUGAGGGCAUUGUUACACCUGGUUCAAAACGGUCAAAGAAGAACUCUUCACGUGAAGUGGGAUCUCUGGUUCAUGCAGAGAUCAUUGAUAUUCAGCCCCUUGAAAUGAGAUUAAAAUUUGGAACUGGAUUACGUGGAAGAGUUCACGUGACAGAGUGUUGUGCACAGGUUAGUAAUAUGCUUGAUGAAACUUCAGAAGCUCCAUUUAGUAACUUCAGGGUUGGGCAAACCGUAGUUGCAAGGAUUGUUGCAGAGGCAAAUCACUCAGCUAACAAAAAGAAGGGCUGCCUAUGGGAGUUGUCUGUAAAACCUGACGUUCUUAAAGAUUUUAGUGUUGUGGGAGGCGUGAUUGCGAAUGAAGAUUUGGGGUUUUCGAUUGGACAACGAAUCAAUGCUUAUGUAAGCAAUGUAAAUGGUGACUGGGCAUGGUUAGCUGUUACUCGGCAAGUUACUGCCCAACUAUUUAUUCUUGAUAGUUCUUCGGAACCUAGUGAGCUUCAAGAAUUUUCCAAGCGCUACUAUGUUGGAAGGGCUGUUUCUGGAUACAUAUCUAACAUUAAUGGAGAGAAAAAAAUCUUACGGCUGGUUUUGCAUCACUUAUCUGGUACCUCAACAGGAGAAGGUGACCAAGAAAAUUUGAAGAUUAGUAAUUUGCAGACUGACGUUAGUAAGAAACAUACAUGUCAUUUCAAUGAAGGAGAGAUUGUUGGGGGAAGAAUAUCAAAAAUUCUUCCAGGUGUUGGUGGACUGCUUGUGCAAAUUGGUCCCCAAUUGUUUGGCAGGGUUCAUUAUACAGAACUUACAGACUGUUUAGUGCCUGAUCCGUUGUCUGGAUAUAAAGAAGGACAAUUUGUCAAGUGCAAGGUUAUAGAAAUUACCCAUGCAGUCAAAGGUACAAUACACAUUGAUUUGUCACUGCGGUCUUCAGCUGGCAUACUCUGUCAGAAAAAUGUUGAAUGCAGUAACCAUGAAAACAUUGCUUCUGGACGAGUGAGGAUAGAAGAUAUUCAUUCUCACAUGGAGGUCCAGGGUUAUGUGAAAAAUGUAUCACCGAAAGGAUGCUUCAUUUUGCUGUCACGAGGCUUGGAGGCAAAAAUUCUCCUAUCUAAUCUAUCUGACGGAUAUAUUGAUAAUCCUGAAAAAGAGUUCCCCGUCGGGAAACUUGUUCGUGGAAGGAUAUUAUCUGUUGAGCCCUUAUCAAAGAGAGUUGAAGUUACCCUGAAGUCUGUGACUGAAAGUGGUGCAUUGAGAGAAAGUAAUGAUGAUUUAAGAAGUUUUUCUGCUGGAGAUAUGAUAUCUGGAAGGAUUAAGCGGGUGGAGUCAUUUGGUCUAUUCAUCAGCAUUGAUAAUACGGAUGUGGUUGGGCUGUGUCAUGUAUCAGAAGUUUCAGACGAUCCUAUUGAGAACCUAGAAUCCAGAUACCAUGCUGGGGACAUGGUGAAAGCAAAAGUAUUAAAGGUUGAUGAAAAAAGACAUCGGAUUGCUCUGGGAAUGAAGAGGUCAUACAUUGGAGAAACAAGUGAAAUUCGUACAAAUCUGGAAGAAGAGCAUGAAGAUGCCACUGAUGGUGACGAUUUCAUUGGUGAUACUAGGCUGUCAAUGGAUCUUGAUAGCAAUUCAACAAAGUUCAAGGAUAUGGAUGACUUUGACAAUAUUGAACCUGAACAGCCACUUAGGCUAGCAGAAUCAAGGGCUUUUGUUCCUCCACUUGAGGUCACUCUUGAUGAUAUAGAUGAAACUGACAUAGUUACUUUACGGUCUGAGAAUAAAGAGCUGACGAGUGGUACAGAUUCUAGGGAAAAGAAUGAUAGACGGGAGAAGAAAAAGGCUAAAGAAGAAAGGGAAAUGGAAGUGAGGGCUGCUGAGGAAAGAUUAUUGCAGAAUAAUUUACCAACUACUGUUGAUGAAUUUGAAAAGUUGGUUCGAAGCUCUCCUAAUAGCAGUUUUGUUUGGAUUAAGUAUAUGGCGUUCGUGCUCUCUAUGGCUGAUAUAGAGAAAGCCCGAGCAAUAGCUGAGAGGGCUUUGAGGACAAUCAAUAUUCGGGAAGAGAAUGAAAAGCUCAACAUCUGGUUGGCUUACUUCAAUCUUGAAAAUGAAUAUGGGAAUCCUAAAGAGGAUGCUGUUACUAAAAUCUUUCAACGAGCGUUGCAGUGCAAUGAUCCCAAGAAGGUUCAUUUAGCAUUGCUUGGAAUGUACGAGAGGACAGAGCAACUUAAGUUGGCUGAUGAGCUCCUGGAUAAAAUGAUAAAGAGGUUCAAGCAUUCCUGCAAGGUUUGGUUAAGGCGGAUGCAAAGUUUGUUAAAGAAUGGACAAGUUGAAAUUCAAUCAAUUUUGAACCGUGCCCUCCUUUGCCUUCCAAAACGUAAGCACAUUAAAUUUAUCUCACAAACAGCCAUCCUUGAAUUCAAAUGCGGGGUGGCAGAUCGAGGUCGGUCAAUGUUUGAAGGAAUUCUUCGAGAGUAUCCAAAGAGAACGGACCUGUGGAGCAUCUAUCUUGAUCAAGAAAUUCGUCUUGGAGAUGCAGAUAUGAUUCGUGCCCUUUUUGAGAGGGCAACUAGUUUAUCUCUUGCUCCCAAGAAGAUGAAGUUCUUAUUUAAAAAAUAUUUGGAAUAUGAAAAGUCUGUUGGCGAUAAAGAACGAAUCGAAUCCGUGAAGCAGAAGGCACUGGAGUAUGUUGAGAGUACAUUAGCCUAAUGAUGUAAAACUCUCUAGAGUGGAUAUUGAUAGAGUAAAUAUCACUUCACCAGAAAGCUAGCGUUGGUUAGGUAAGAUUUCAGACAACCCCCCACAUUUUUGUUAGCUGUGACAGUGGAGGGUUUGUCACUUUGUAUGAGUAAUUUCCCUUUCAAGUUCUUAGUGAGAUAGUAAUCUGAGAAAGUUGGAUUCCAAUUUUGUAUUAUAUCCAGUUUCUUUGACAAUUACAGCAAAAACAAGUGGGUUCACUAUUUGCUCGUUUCAGUGAAAGAAUGGUUCAUGUAUUUUAUUUAUUCUUAAGUGGUAUGAUAUAAGCCUGAAACCCCCCAUUGCACUUUGUGCUUUGUGGUCACAAAAAA